AUACUCCAUAUAAAAUAAAUAAUAUAGAGUAAUAUAAUAAUAAAUAUAAGAAUACGAUACAAGUAGCCGUUGGAGCCUUCUCCUCUCUAUAUAAAGAUCCCAUUGGUUGGUGUUUGAGUGAUCCCUUCGCCAAAACAAAAGUGGUACCUUUUAUUAAAACUGACAAAACCCCAUCUCUUUUCUUGGGUGUUCUUCCUUCUCUAGCUAGAUCCCCUUUUCUUAUGGCAGAUAUUCAAUAGAUUUUAAUCUACUUGAAUUUUGUUUAUAUAGUUAUAUAUCUAGUUAUCUUGUUGGCUGUUGAUCCUUGUUUAUUUGAGAUCAAUCACAACUUUUUUUUUUCCCUUUGCUUUUAUCUUAAUUUUCAAACCAUUUUUUGUUAAUCUCAUUUUGAUUAUGGAUACCGCUUUGAUGCACUACUCAUCCGGUGAUUACAAGCACCACCGGAUAGGAAAUCCAAAUUGGAGUUUCCAUACUACUACUAACCGUACUUUAUAUUCUCACCCAUCUGAUAAUUUAUUGUUGGCGAGUUUUCUCGCCAACAAAAACAUAGGUGGCGGGGGCAGUUUUAUGUCUUUACCCCCGCCUAAUGUUUUCAGAUCACCACAUAACUUUCAACAUCGCGGUCAACAACCGCCUCUCCUUCCCCUUCCAAUCUCAAUCCCAAGAAACAACAACCAAACUAUGAGCAUCAACAAUAUCGCUCGUAGUAAUAGUACUACUACAACUACUAACAAUAAUAUCCGAUUAUCGUCUACUAAAAUCAACAAAAAUAAUGUGAAAAACCGGGGGAGAGAUCAUUCUGUCACACCAAAAAAGUCUAAAUCUCAAAAGAAGGAUCAGAAGAAAGAUGAACCGGUUGGACCGGAUCCUAAAGAUCUACCAAAAGUGGAUUUAAUUAGUAAGGUGUUUUCUUCAUCAAUUAUUAAUAAUAUUGAUAAGUUUUCAGGUUCUGUUGUGUUUACACCUUCACCACCACCUAGCAGCUUGCCUUUGCCUACUUUUUCACUAAGGCCAAAGAUGAGCUGCAGCGCCCAAGCGGCCGGUGUCGAUAACGGAGCUACGGAUAGUCUCCGUCGACUUCUCCGUCUCCCGUAAAUCGAUGGAUCUAAUAUAGAUGUGUACUACAUGGUUGAUGCUACUGUUUUAUUAUGCAUGGUACUAAUGUGGACAUAUAUUAUAUCAUGAAGGGGAAAAAAAGGCUAUAUUUGAUGCUUUUUUUUUUAAAUAACCCUAAGUUUAAAAUAAUUGUUGAAUUAGGAUUUCUUGUGAUUGUAUGUUAUUGUAACUUGUGUCGUCUGCCUGAUUUUUUUUAAUUGGCAUGCAGUGCACAAGACUGAUAUGAUUUACAUGUUGUGAUAAAAUGUUUAAUGUUUAUUUUUGUUAAUGUUGUAAGCAGGAUGGAUGUCAAAUGUAUGAAUGUUUUCUUAUCU